CGAAUUCAAUUCCACCUAGACGAAUAUAAUGCAAGUAAAGUUGGCUUAAUUUAAAUAUGAAAAGAAAUAUGGGUUGGUUCAGUGGUGAUUAACACUGAACUUGGUAUAAAUGACUACAUUUUAAUCUUCGUAACUAUAAUCGAAAGGAAACUAAAAACACUUGACGAGAGAAUAGACCCAAACCAAAAAAGAAAAAUGUGAAAAGAAAAGAGAGAAGGUAUGGUAUAUAAAAUGUGUGUGGAUGUAGUCCCCCACCCCAUAAGAAACAAUCUUUAGCAGAAGCAGCAGCACAGCAACCAACAAUAUAAACAGUAACAACAACAGCAGCAGCACUACUCUCUGGAUCUCACCAACAAACUCACUAUCAUCAUAUCAUAUCUGACACACACUUCACUUUUCAUUGCAUAUUUUCUUUCCAUAUACACUCCAACCCCAACAUGACAAAUUAACAACAACCCUUUUUCUUUUCAUCAUUUCAUUUGUCCCAAAACACACAAACAAAACAACUUUUACAUCAUCUUCUUCUUCCAACGUUGUCUUUCUUUGUGUCUUGUUUCCAAAACAUAUUGUGUCUCUUUUCUGAUUUUCUUUACAUAACCCUCUUGGGAACUGUGGUGUUUUUCAUUUUUCAAUGGAAAUGGAUGAUUUUUCUUCAACUAGAAUCAAUGAUAGUUGUUUCCAAGGUGUAAUGGGAAAUGGGUAUGGUUUAUCUUCUUCUUCUUCUUCUCUUGUUUUGGAUAGAGAAAGAGGAGAACUUGUUGAAGCUGCUGUGAAAAUGGAACGAAAGGGUGUUUCACCUGAGAGAAGUAUUGAAGCUUUGAAGAAUCAUAGUGAAGCUGAGAGGAGAAGAAGAGCAAGAAUUAAUUCACAUCUUGAUACUCUUCGUAGUGUUAUUCCAGGUGCUAAUAAGUUGGACAAAGCAUCCUUACUAGCUGAAGUUAUUACACAUUUGAAAGAGCUGAAAACAAAUGCAGCACAAGCAAGUGAAGGAUUAAUGAUACCAAAAGACAAUGAUGAGAUAAGAGUUGAAUCACAAGAAGGUGGCUUAAAUGGUUUUCCUUAUUCAAUUGUGGCAUCGCUAUGUUGUGAUUACAAACCAGGUUUAUUGUCUGAUAUAAGACAAGCACUUGAUGCACUUCAGCUUAUGAUAAUAAGGGCUGAGAUUGCAACUUUAGAAGGUAGAAUGAAGAAUGUGUUUGUCAUAAUUAGCUGCAAAGAACAGAAGUUCGAAGAUGCUGAGUAUCGACAGUUUCUUGCUGGAUCGGUUCAUCAAGCUCUUAGAUCUGUACUUGAUAGAUUUUCUGUUUCACAAGGUGUUUUAGAAACUAGAAAGAGAAGAAGGAUUUCUAUAUUCAGUUCUUCAUCUUUAGGAGAUUUCUUAUAAAAACUUUUUUGUUUUGGUAUUAUUGUGAACUUGGGUUGUACAUGUGUUGGGGAGCUUUUAUAGAUAGCUAGAUUGAUAACUGAUCUAAGUGCAUGUUUGGUAUCACACUGAGUUUGAUGAAAUUAUGGUGAGCCACAAUGAUUUUGCAAAAGCUACACAAAAUCAAAGUGACUCGCUAUGAUUUGUCAAAUUCACCAUGAAUCCAAACAUGUACUUUUUAACCUUUGACCAAAUGAAUGAACUCAUUCUAUGAUAUAUUGUCCUUUGUUUAGAGAGAAAUUUAUGUUGACAUAACUUUUCUUGAGUAUUAA